GUCGGCAGUGUUCAGCUGUGUGUGAAUGAAGAAGAGUAAAUGAUGGAUCUUCAGAACUCCAGCAGUGGAGGAGGACCUCCUGUCCUAAAAAUAAACAACCAGGAUAUUUAAUAAAGAACAGUGUUAAACUGCUGAAAGAGGUGAAGCACAAGCCAUCCAGAAGAAUCUCCUGAAAACGCAGAAAUUGUUUGCUACAUUUCACAGACAGAUGGAGCCAAGUCCCGACAUGGAGAAACAUCAGCACUCUGUCAAAAGUUUUACUAAACAGAGUGAUCUCAAAAAACACCAGCGCAUUCACACAGGAGAGAAACUGUAUCACUGCUCAGACUGUGGGAAGAGUUUUAAUCAACAGGGUCAUCUCAAAAAUCACCAGCGCAUUCACACAGGAGAGAAACUGUAUCACUGCUCAGACUGUGGGAAGAGUUUUACUGCACAGAGUAGUCUCAAAAAUCACCAGCGCAUUCACACAGGAGAGAAACCGUAUCACUGCUCAGACUGUGGGAAGAGUUUUACUGAACAGAGUAGUCUCAAAAUACACCAGCGCAUUCACACAGGAGAGAAACCGUAUUACUGCUCAGACUGUGGGAAGAGUUUUAAUCAACAGAGUACUCUCAAAACACACCAGCGCAUUCACACAGGAGAGAAACCGCAUCACUGCUCAGACUGUGGGAAGAGUUUUACUGCACAGAGUAAUCUCAAAAUACACCAGCGCAUUCACACAGGAGAGAAACCGUAUCACUGCUCAGACUGUGGAAAGAGUUUUACUAAACAGAGUAAUCUCAAACUGCAUCAGCGCAUUCACACAGGAGAGAAACCGUAUCACUGCUCAGACUGUGGGAAGAGUUUUAAUCAACAGAGUCAUUUCAAAAUACACCAGCGCAUUCACACAGGAGAGAAACCGUAUUACUGCUCCGAUUGUGGGAAGAGUUUUACUAAACAGAGUAAUCUCAAAAUACACCAGCGCAUUCACACAGGAGAGAAACCGCAUCACUGCUCAGACUGUGGGAAGAGUUUUACUUUACAGAGUGAACUUAUAUUACAUCAGCGCAUUCACACAGGAGAGAAACUGCAUCACUGCUCAGACUGUGGGAAGAGUUUUACUAAACAGAGUGAUCUCAAAAAACACCAGCGCAUUCACACAGGAGAGAAACCUUAUUACUGCUCAGACUGUGGGAAGAGCUUUAAUCGACUGGAGACUGUCAAACGGCAUCAGCGCAUUCACACAGGAGAGAAACCGCAUCACUGCUCAGACUGUGGAAAGAGUUUUAAUCAACAGAGUGAUCUCAAAAAACACCAGCGCAUUCACACAGGAGAGAAACUGCAUCACUGCUCAGACUGUGGGAAGAGCUUUAAUCAACUGGAGACUGUCAAACGGCAUCAGCGCAUUCACACAGGAGAGAAACCGCAUCACUGCUCGGACUGUGGGAAGAGUUUUACUGAACAGAGUACUCUCAAAAAUCACCAGCGCAUUCACACAGGAGAGAAACCGUAUCACUGCUCAGACUGUGGGAAGAGUUUUACUACACAGAGUGAUCUCAAAAAACACCAGCGCAUUCACACAGGAGAGAAACCAUAUCACUGCUCAGACUGUGGGAAGAGUUUUACUAAACGGAGUAAUCUCAAAAGUCACCAGCGCAUUCACACUGGAGUAAAACCAUAUCACUGCUCAGACUGUGGGAAGAGUUUUACUAAACAGAGUGAUCUCAAAAAACACCAGCGCAUUCACACAGGAGAGAAAAAUGUCCCAAAUUUGUCCCAUGGCAAUUAAAAGCGCAAAUCAUAAAUUCCACCAGAAACAAAUAUGAACUGUAUUUAACAAUGGAUUUUACAGGUUCAGCAAAACUAUUCUUAUCCAGGGAUGAUGUGUAUAGAAUUCCAUGUUAUGUUUGUAUGUCUUGUAAGUUUGAAUAUUCCAGGACAUUCUUUGUGAGACAGAGCUCAGUUUUUAGGUUAGUUACUGUUGCGCAGUAAGGUUACAGGCUCAUUCACUCCCUCUGCUGGUGUUCUUGUUUGUCUAUGGUUCAGUCCAAUUAAAAAUCUGUUACUAUAGAGGGAUAUAGAGGGAUAUUUGGUUGUUGUAUUACUCAAGUUUUAUACUCUCUUAUCUUUUCCUUAUUGAAUAUUAAAUGUUGCUUAUGGUUUUUUUAAUCUCCAAAGUUACUAAGAAUAUCCAAAUAAUGUAGUUUCUUAAUUGU